AUGACCGGCCUUAAUGUCGCCUUCUACCUGUACCCAUGCGGGCUGUUUGCGACUCUGGCGGCAUCCGAGUCAAUUGACUACUUCCGCACGCGCGCCCGGCGCCAAAAGAGCGCUGGCCCCGGCCCUGCCGAAGCCGCGAGUGCCAACGACAAAGCCGCCGACGCAACCCGCCGCCUGUACGCUCGCCUAAUCUGGCUGUGCCAGGGGGUGUUGGCCAUCUUGCUCCUCCCUUCCAUCGUCCUCGUCAUUCGCGAUGCUGUCGCCGGGCCGCAGGUCGGCGGUUUCCCCUACAGCGCCUACCUGGCUGCCCACGUCGCCGUGAUGCUCUACUUCCUCGCCGGCCUGCUCCCCAACCCCGACGGCCCGUGGUCGCCCACUGCUUCCCACUGCUAUUCUUGGCUGGUCGGCGCACUGCUCGAGGCGGUCAUCGCAGCCCUCUUCGGCAUCCAGCGAAGCCGUAUCGACGCGCCGCCAGAGCUCCUCGACGCCUUGGCCGCUCUGGGCCUGGCCCGAAUCGCCGCCUUGGUUGUCAUGAUCGCCCUCCUGGUGCGCCGCCAGUACGCCCUGCGAUCUUCCCUCGCUUCUUCGACUCCCGGCGAGCGCCAGGGGCUUCUUGAAAACGGCCACGCGCCGGCCCGACCGAAGCCGCGAGACGCCCAGGACUCGGGGUGGCUCGACUACAUCGCCGGAUUCCGCGUCCUUUUUCCCUAUCUGUGGCCCAAUGAUUCCCGCCUGUAUCAAGCCGUUGUCCUGGUAUGCUUGGUGCUGCUGAUCUGCCAGCGUGUCGUGAACCUGAUGGUGCCGCUGCAGCUGGGCGUGCUGGUCAAGUCCCUCGGGUACGGCCGCAUUCCGUAUCGAGACAUGGUUCUUUACGUCGUCUACCGGGCCCUGCAGGGCAACCAGGGCGCCAUCGGAGCCGCCCGCUCCGUCCUUUGGAUUCCUGUCUCGCAAUCUCUCUUCCGCCGCCUGUCGUGCGCCGCCUUCGAGCACGUGCUGGGCCUCUCCCUUGACUUCCACCUCAGCAAGAAGAUCGGCGAGGUCACCAGCGCCCUCAGCCGCGGCGCUGCCAUGAACAGCUUCCUCGAGAACUUUGUCUUCCAGGUCUUCCCCAUGAUCUUUGACAUCUUUGUUGCUGGCGUCCUGUUCUUUGUCAAGUACGACGCCUUCUACACCAUCAUCGUCUUCUCCAUCAUGUGGUCGUACAUAUUCCUUACCAUCUACAUGGCCAAGUACCGUGGACGCGCCCGGAGGGACAUGGCUCUCAAAUCGCGCGAAAUGGACGCCGUCAAGACGGACGCCAUCAUGGCCUACGAGACUGUUCAGCACAACUGUGCCGUCGGCCCCGAGACGGAGCGUUUCAACGGCCACGUCGUCAUCUACCAGAGGGCCGAGCGGCUGGUCCUGUGGUCGCUGAACGGGCUGAACCUCACGCAGAGCUCCAUAUUCUCCGUCGGCACCGCCAUGCUCGUUGCCGUAUCGGCCUACAAGAUUUCGAAGGGCCAGCAGACCGUGCCCGAGUUCGUGACCCUCAUCGCCUACUUCACGCAGCUCCAGGCCCCCCUGAACUUCUUCGGCACCUACUACACCAUGCUGCAGAACAACCUGAUCGAGGCGGAGCGCAUGCUAGACCUGUUCAAGGAGACGUCGGGCGUCGUCGAAAAGCCCGACGCCACCGAGCUCGUCAAUCCUAGGGGCGAGGUCGAGUUCCGCGACGUGAAAUUCGCCUACCAAGACAAGACCAAGCCCGCCCUCGACGGCAUCAGCUUCAAGGUGGCCCCCGGUACCAAGACGGCCAUCGUCGGGGAGUCGGGCAGCGGCAAGUCGACCUGCCUCAAACUCCUCUUCCGCUUCUACGACGUCGACGGCGGUUGCAUCGCCGUCGACGGCCACGACAUCCGCGACCUGCAGCUCGACAGCCUGCGGAGGGCCAUUGGCGUCGUGCCCCAGGACACGGUGCUGUUCAACGCGACCAUCAUGUACAACCUGUUGUACGCCAGCCCGACGGCGACCGAGGCCGACGUGCACGAGGCCUGCAAGGCGGCCAACAUCCACGAGCGGAUCAUGGAGUUUCCGGACCAAUACGAGACCAAAGUAGGAGAGCGCGGCCUGAAGCUGUCGGGCGGUGAGCGGCAGCGCGUGGCCAUCGCGCGCGCCAUCCUCAAGGACGCGCGCAUCCUGCUGCUCGACGAGGCCACGGCGUCGCUCGACUCGCACACGGAGCGCCAGAUCCAGGACGCCCUGGAGCGCGUCACGCUCGGCCGCACCACCGUGACUAUUGCCCACCGCCUCUCGACCAUCACCACAUCGGACCAGAUCGUCGUCCUGCACAAGGGCAGCAUCGUCGAGCGCGGCACCCACGAGGAGCUGCUCGCUCGGGGCGGGCGGUACCACGCCAUGUGGGAGAAGCAGACGACGGCCGAGAAGCAGAAGACAGAGAAGGCAAGCGACGUGUGA